CCUCACCACAAAUCCCAUAUACUUUCUCCUUCUCCUCUUUACCACAUUUUUCAAACGAAAAAAUAAUAAAAGUUAGUUACGUUAGUAUUGUUAUUAUUAGCAUGGCGCCGAAAGUAGUUAAGAACGGUGGCGUUAACGGCGUUAAGGAGGCGCAUUUUAGAGGAGUAAGAAAGAGACCAUGGGGAAGAUACGCCGCGGAGAUAAGAGAUCCAGGAAAGAAGAGCCGCGUUUGGCUCGGAACUUUCGACACGGCGGAGGAAGCAGCAAGAGCUUACGACUCCGCCGCACGUCAAUUCCGAGGUCCAAAGGCGAAAACAAACUUCCCUUUCCCUAUAGAAAAUAUUAAGAUCCAUAGCCCUAGCCAAAGCAGCACCGUUGAAUCCUCAAGCCGUGACCGUGACGCCGCCGCUGAUUCUUCACCGCUUGAUCUCAACUUAGCUCCUGCUUUCCAGCACCGGUUCACUCCGAUGCCGGCGGUUAACCAGACGUUUUGUUUUGAUCCUGUGUUACGUGCCGGCAUGGUGAAUUCACGUUCUUGUUACGGUUAUGGAUUUGAAUAUAAUCCUUCUAUGGAGGCGAGUGGAUUCCACGCGACGGUUGGUGCACAGAGUGAUUCAGAUUCUUCCUCGGUGAUUGAUCUGAACCACCAUGGUAGAAGCUUCGAUUUUGAUCUUAACUACCCUCCUUUGGAAGAUAUGCUAUGAACGAUGAAUUAGAAUCUUAAACUUGGAUUUUAAUUUUUGUUUUUAUUUUUGCGGAUUAUGAAUUUCUCUUUAGUUUUUAUGAGUGGAGAAAGAAAAAGAACAGUUUCUGAUGAAGAAGAAGAAGAAGAAGAUGAAUGAAAGAUAUGUGAAUACUACAUAGGCGACUGUGUCUAUUUUUUGCGACAGAGAAACUAAGAGGUUUCAAUCUGUUGUUCCCAAAUUAUUACUACUAUGAAACUGUUCUCCAGUUUUUUGUUUUUUUAGCUUAAUUGUAUUGUUUAGCCAAAGUAUAAUUGAAAUUAACAUAGAAAUUGUAAUAUUUGACUUCUUUUUAAUCAACAA